AUGGUGUCGCCAGUUAAGGAUAUAGCUGCACGCUAUUUGAAUGCCCUCGAGGACCCUACUCCCACGAGACUACCGCUCAAACCAUCUUUGAAACACAAUGCCAAUACGCUUUCACCGCUAAAGAAACACAACUCUCCGGACCUCGAUGACUUGGCCCGUCAAAUGAACAUUGACACCACACCAAAACCUACCAUUUUGAAGUCGAGACUUGAAACCCCAUCGGCCACGGUUUCCUCGUUCCAUACUACUCCACGUUCAGGCUCCCGUUCACUUCGUUCCCUGACUGAGGGAACAACUCCUAAGGGCUCACCCACCAAAAGCUCGUUGAAAAAGACCAAGGGAUAUGAGUAUCUCUGCCGCAUCCAGGCCAUCAAGAACUGGUUAGAAUGCGUCAUUGAUGAACCAAUUACCCAAUCUCCAGUGGAUCUCAUGACAUACAUCCAGAACGGUAUUCACUUGGCUAAACUAGCAAAUGUUUUUCUUCCCCUGAAAAAAGCAGUCUACUCCAAAGAUAGCCGACUUGAGUUCAGACACACUGAAAAUAUCAACAGGUUCUUCAAGCUCCUUGAGUACUUGGAGAUUCCUGACCUCUUUCGGUUCGAACUCACAGACCUUUACGAUGCCAAGGAUGUGCCCAAGGUCUGGUUCUGUCUCCAUGCAAUGAGCUACAAAAUAAAUACCCUUGACCUGCUGUACCCUCAGAUGCAAACACUCGUUGACCGCCUCGAUUUCCCCGAAGGAGAUAUCAGAACUGCUAAUAGGGCACUUGUCGGUCGCAACUUGCCCAACUUUGCAUCAGCAGACACUGAUAACCCGGAAUCGCCAGGAAAGAGCUCUUAUAUGAACAAAACAUUGACUUUCAACUCGCCUUCGAAGUCUCCUAUACGCCGUUCUUCGAUUGCUGAAGAAGACAACCCGUUCAGAGACACACCAAAGCUCAAGCCUGCGCUGCCCUCAAAGUUUUCCAAGGCAAUCGAGUCUGCCGAAACGGCUCCUAGCAUACCCAAAAGGCCAGUUGAUGCGAGGUUGAUUGAUAAGUCUAGCAGAUACUACACGCCUGAACUUGAAAACCACGUCAAAAACAUUAUCAAGCUUCAGGCUCUUUCUCAGGGUGCUUUGUUCAGGUACAACAUGUUUGUGGACAAGAUCAUGCUCAAAUCAUUUGACAGCGAGUUGACCAAUUUCAAUUCCAUAAUAAGAGGAGUGCUCUCUAGAAACAAAACCAUCCAUCGCCACAGAGACGAGUUGUUGUACUACAAGAGAGACAUCAUCAAGCUUCAGGCUGCUGCAAGAACAAAGCUUCUUAAAGUUGCAUCCGGAAUAACAUUCGAUUCCGACCUGGAGCUGCAGGUCAAGGAUCUCCAAAGCAUUGUCCGUCGCUAUCUUGUAUCCCAAAGAGUUCAGCACAUUCGGAGCGAGCUUUCGAAGAAUGAAUCUUUAAUUGAAGAACUACAGAGCAUUACAAGGAAGAAUGUUGUGUACUUCCGUGCAUCUACGAUGUGUGAAAACAGAGAUCUUGUGGAGGAUGAUAUAAUCGAGCUCCAAUCUGCAGCCCGUACCAAGAUCUACCACAGAAACAACAACAGGGAUGUGAUUGCUAAGCUGCUCAACAUUGAUCAUUUGAUUGAGUUGCAAUCUUUGAUCAGAGCAGGUCUUGUUCGUAAUGUGAUCAGAUAUCAGCUCAGGGGAAUGGCUCGGGAGAGAGGUGCUAUCAGAGAGCUCCAGUGUAUUGCCAAGGGUGCUAUCACAAGAACCAGACUUUGCAACAAUGUUCUCAUCACCUUGAUCGGAGAAGACAUCAACAUCAACACCUUGUUUGCUAAGGUCAGAGGUAACGCACUUCGCCGUAAGGUUCAGUACAAGAAGGAUGUGCUCACGUUAGUGGAGGACUCACAAAUUGUACCUCUUCAAUCCGCUUUCAGGGGUAUUUUGUUGAGAUUCCAGCGUGACUUGGACUUGGAUGAAGUCUAUGAUAACAUUGACAACGUCUUAGGCUUGCAGUCAGCAUGUCGUGGCUUUGUUGUACGGAAGGAUAUUGAGAGCAUGAGAAAGCACUACAUUUCCAACGCUGACUCUGUUGUCAAGGCACAGGCUAUUUUGCGCAGCAAGUAUACCCAGAAGGCCUACAGGGCUCUCAUCAAUUUGAAGACACCACCCGUGUCCGUUGUUCGCCGCUUCGCUUAUCUCCUUUCUGAUAACGAGGUGGACUUCCAAGAAGAGAUGGAGUUGACGGAGUUCAAAGACCAAAUAUUAGAGAAAUCACGUUCCAAUGAGGAGUUGGAACUGCAGAUCGAGAAUCUCGAGAUCAAAUUGGGUCUCCUAGACAAGAACAAGAUUACUUUAGAAGAUUUCAUGAAGGGUGGAAACAAGUACAAAGCAUUCGAGCCACUGGCCAAGAAGGUGGCCAACAUGAAGUGUUUGGAGAAGCUCAACAAGAACUCCAGAAGAAGAAUCGAGCUUUAUCAGUCUAUGCUUUAUCUUUUGCAGACAAAACCAGCAUACUGGACUAGACUUUUCGAAGGGCUUGAUGCUAGUGAGAGAAACAGACUCACAAAAAGCCUUCACUUCCACAUCUCGCUGUUAUUCCCAUUGACUCACUGUGGUGCCCACUCCCAUACUAGAGAGGAGUACUUCUUCAUGAAGUUCAUCUUCGAUCUCAUGCAAAAUGAUUUCAACUCAAGAUGUGGAAACAUCGCGGACAUCACCAAGCCCAAGAUGGUUUUCUGGAUUGACUACCUUAACGAGCUCAACAAUAGCAUCCAACAAAGAUCUCACUUGAAACACAUGUUUGGUGGCAUAAUGCAAAAAGUGAUCAUGGAUGAUGAGCUCACAUUCGAAUCGGACCCCUCGAAAAUCUACAUUCAGGUAAUGGAAAGAGAAAUUAGAGUUCAUGGCUCUAGUGACAAGAAGAGGGACAUACUUCCCCAAGCAGCGAUUCGUGAUGAAACCGUAUCAUCUGUGUUUGUUGACAACUUGCUCAGUCUCAGGGAGUUCACUACGGACACUAUUGACACCAUCAGGACCUCCAUCAGACAAAUUCCGCUCCACGUCAGACUUUUGGCAAAACAUGCGUACGACCUUUCGCAUGAACACUUCCCUGACCAGAAUGACCAGCUGCAUCUUGCUGUUGCGGGAGUUACUCUCGUGAAGCACUACAUUUCAAGCAUUUUCCUGUUCCCCGAGAACUAUGGCUACUCUACAAAACUUCCAUACUCGAAGCAAAACUCCAAUGUUGCAGACAAUUUGAAGAGCUUGAGUAGGGUGCUUCUCCAAACAUUCUCCAUGAGACCCUUCAGUGACAACUUCUUGAAGCCUAUGAACGAAUACGUCAUGUCGCAGGCCGACACCGUUAGAGCGAUCAUUAGAGAAGUCAUCAAUGUGAAGGGCUUGGAAUCGGAAUACGAGAUGAACGAGUACGAUGAUAUUGUUGCCGUGGACCGCCCAACUUUGACUAUGAAGGUGAGCGACAUCAUCUCAAUGGAGAAGCUUGUGGCCAAGAACCUCGAAUUUUCGGCUCCCAGUGUUGACGACCAGCUCUGUGCAAUUAUUUCAGAACUCGACGAUGUUGUGAACUCUGCUGACGACUACGUGACAUUGACUGAGUUGGGCUCUGUUACGCUUAGUUUACUUCCUAUCACUAAGGAGGAUAGCGUCGCAGAUGCAAAAAGCCGUAUUCUCUUUGCUCAAGCAAAGAGGUGCCUUCUUUACAUUUUGAGAGUGCAAGAGGGUAAUGACCUUCUUGAGUUGUUGAUUCAAGGAAUCAAGCCAGAACAUGCUGAAAAAUUCAAGGCAAUUGUUGAGCAGGAGAAGGAGGAAUCCACGAAACCAAAAUCGAUGAUUAAAAGCGGACCAUACCAGAAGUCUGCUGCGAAAGAGAUCUCGCAGAUGUCUUACAUCGAAUUGAAGAAAUUGGCACUCAAGGUGAUUUUACAGUUGGAGUCAAUGGGUUUCGUGACGAGGAAGAAUUCCUUCCAAGAACUCCUCAACCAGCUUGUGCUUGAUAUCAAGACAAAGGAUAAGCAAAGGGUUGCUAGAAAGUCUCAGUUGCAGAUUGCUAGCAUGACGGUCAACAAGCUCACCGAGAAAGAGAAGUUCUUGUCUCGUCAGCUCAACGAUUACAACAGGCAUAUCGAGACGAUCCUUCUGGAGUUGCAACUCAAACCAAAGGAGAAGAAGAUCUUCAACAUUAUUCCCGUCUUCAGCAAGCAAUAUUUUUACCAAAGAGAGCUUAAGAAGAGCAACCGUCUCCCGAAGUUUGGCUCCUAUAAGUAUUCUGCAAAGAAGCUCAUCGAUCUGAAGACUGUGGAAGACUGUGGUGGCGCUCUUCAAAGAGCGAAUGCAUCUUCUUCGAAGCUUGAUUUCAUGUUCAGUUGUCACAAGGUGGGAACCUUUGUGAUUGAGGCUGGAAAUGGCACUGUGAUGAUUCCAGGAGCCUCUAACACUGUUACGCUUGACGAGGUCUUGGAAAAACAAUACGAGCAGAAGAAGCAAUGGGUGAUGUUUGACGGAAUGGUGACCUUCAACACCGACAGCCUUGCAGCUCUUCUUUUCAAAAAGUUUUAUGACUUAAAAAGGGAUUAA